GAACUGAAACUCACAGUCGCUGUGUCUGAGAGCAGAAAUGGAGCAGAAUCAGCUGGACCAAGAAACUUUCUCCUGUUCGAUCUGCCUGGAUCUGCUGAAGGAUCCGGUAACGAUUCCCUGUGGACACAGCUACUGUAUGAACUGUAUUAAAUCCCACUGGGAUAAAGAGGAUCAGAAAGGAACAUACAGCUGCCCUCAGUGCAGGGAGACAUUCACACCGAAGCCUGCACUAAAGAGGAGCACCAUGCUAGCAGCUUUAGUGGAGCAGCUGAAGAAGACUGGACUCCAAGCUGCUCCUGCUGAUCACCGCUAUGCUGGACCUGAAGAUGUGGCCUGUGAUUUCUGCACUGGAAGAAAACUGAAAGCCAUCAAGUCCUGUUUAGUCUGUCUGGCCUCUUUCUGUGAGAAACACCUUCAGCCUCAUUAUGAUUCAGCUGCAUUUAAGAAACACAAGCUGGUGGAGCCGUCCAAGAACCUCCAGGAGAACAUCUGCUCUAAGCAUGAUGAGGUGAUGAAGAUGUUCUGCCGCACUGAUCAGAAGUGCAUCUGUGCUUUCUGCUUACUGGAUGAACAUAAAGGCCAUGACACAGUGUCAGCUGCAGCAGAAAGGACUGAGAGGCAGAGAGAGCUGGAGGAGAGACGAGGAAACAUCCAGCAGAGAAUCCAGGACCAGGAGAAAGAUGUGAAGCUGCUUCAGCAGGAGGUGGAGGCCAUCAAUGUCUCUGCUGAUAAAACAGUGGAGGACAGUGAGAAGAUCUUCACCCAGCUGAUCCAUUUCCUCCAGAAAAGAAGCUCUGAUGUGAAGCAGCAGAUCAGAUCCCAGCAGGAAACUGAAGUGAGUCGAGUCAAAGAUGUUCAGGAGAAGCUGGAGCAGGAGAUCACUGAGCUGAAGAGGAAAGACGCUGAGCUGGAGCAGCUCUCACACACAGAGGAUCACAACCAGUUUCUCCUCAACUACCACUCACUGCCAGCACUCAGUGAGUCGACACACUCAUCCAUCAUCAAGAUCCGUCCUCUGAGACACUUUGAGGACGUGACAGCAGCUGUGUCAGAGCUCAGAGGCAAACUACAGGACGUCCUGAGAGACUCAUGGACAAACAUCUCACUGAAAAUCACCAAGGUGGAUGUUCUACUGUCAGAACCAGAACCAAAGACCAGAGCUGAAUUCUUAAAAUAUUCAUAUGAAAUCACUCUGGAUCCAAACACGGCUCACACAAAGCUGGUUCUAUCAGAGGGGAACAGGAAGGUGACGGCGAUGAACCAAUCUCAGUUUUAUUCUAGUCAUCCAGGCAGAUUCACUGAUUACUGUCAGAUCCUCAGUAGAGAGAGUCUGACUGGACUUUGUUACUGGGAGGUGGAGUUUAGAGGAAGAGUUUUUGUUGCAGUCGCAUACAAGAACAUCAGCAGAGCAGGAGGUGGGAAUGAAUGUGGAUUUGGAGGUAAUGAUAAAUCUUGGGCUUUAAAUUGUUUCUCAGAUGGUUAUCAAUUUGGUCACAACAACAUCUGGAGCCCCGUCUCAGGUCCAGUUUCCUCCAGAGUCGGAGUGUACCUGGACCACAGAGCAGGUCUUCUGUCCUUCUACAGCGUCUCUGAAUCCAUGACUCUGAUCCACAGAGUCCAGACCAGAUUCACUGAGCCGCUACAUGCUGGGGUUUGGUUCCGCUGGACUGGAGACACUGCAGAGUUCUGUAAACCCAAAUAGGUUUUCUCUCUGAUUGUUGGUCAGGGUUCAUUGUUCUUCUCUGCUCUGCCAGUAUUUAUUUUUCUGGUUUAAAUGUCGUCUGCGUUCCAGGAGUCAUAAAGUAAAUCACUUCGUUUUUAUAUAACCCUGAAAUAUUUCUCCAUAUGAAAAUCUAAACUUCUCUGCUGUUGUGUCUUUUUUCAAGAAACUGAAACAAACAACUUAGAGCUGAUGCUAUUUUCUAUUAAAUACUUUGGAUGUAGAUCAGAAAAAUAAAUAUUUGCUGUUCGUUCUCUCUGGCUUUUUUCACUUGAAUAAAUCAGGUGUAUUUGCAUAGCACAUUU